AUGCUCACUCCGCUAAUGAUUCUUGCUGGUUACGGCGUCGUUCCGGACCAAUGGCCAGCUGCCAGUACCUUUGAAGACCUGCCUUCAGUAAAGCAGGAGAUUUACAGACUUCAAGAACAGCAACGAGUCUUUAAAGAUGAAGAGGAGGGUUACAACCUGGGAAAUGCAUUGGAUGACGUACCAGAGGGACUCGUGAAAUGGGCAGCAGCCAACUUGUUUGAUAAACAACGCCACGCCCUUGAAUCGAGGGCUUCGUUCAUCGAGGCUGGGCAAGCGAGAGCCACCAAGUUGACGGAUCUGUCGACUGAGCUUCUCAGGAUGAUCCUCUCAAACUUCGAAUACUCAGCACCGAUAGAUGGCACCUUUGAAGAAGACAUCGUCCCCGGAUUCCCCGUGGAAGACCGGCAGACCGUUCAAUCCCUGCGUCUGGUGUCCCGCCUUUUCAACACCCUGGCAUCCCCACUUCUCUGUCCCGUAGUCCGGCUCCAAGUCGACGAGGCAUCCUUCAACAGGGUGCGGGACAUCAAGCGCCGCCCCCUGAUAGCAUCCGGCGUCCGAGCAUUCAGCAUCAGCCUCGAGUACCGCCCAACGCUGCUUGCAAGAGAUCUCGGAACAUGGCUACGAAACCGCCGUCAACAAAUCGACACGGAUGUCCUCAGGUUAGAAAGGAGACGCAACUUAUCCAGACGGGAGGAUGGCUCAAACCCCGACCCCAUGAGGCAAGCUGAUCUACUUGAGGAAUCAACCAGCCUUGACGCGGCUUGGCAAAGGGCAAGACUGUACACGGUUGCUAGGAGGCAACUGCUGGACCCGCUUGCAUUUCUCGACCCUCCAGUAUCAAGAGAAGGGUUAGCGGAGGAGGAUAUCGUCAGGUACAAGGAACUCAUCUUGAACAGUCAUGCCGCGUUUGCAUCAGCGUACAGCCAUCAGGCGCAGUUGAUCUGGAAUCGUUCCUUCGUCCGUGCUGUCGCUAGGUUGGCUACUAAGGCGCGGCUCCCAGUGGCUCUGGAGUUUCUAGAGAGAGUUUGGAAUCUCCCGACGCCCGGCAGACACGAGACGCGAACUGUCUUCAGAUCCGAGCAGCUCUUGCAACAGUUCCUUGCGGCUGAUGUGGGUUGGUCAAUGAGUGAACACGCCGAAGAAAAUGAUCGGGACAGAAUGCCAUUCACCCUCAUCGCCGAUCUACCAAUAGAGAUUUUUAAUUGGAUGGUCAAGUUGCGCGGUUUUCAGCUUCGUUGCCCGCUAUUACCCCAUCAUGUCGAGCUCUUGCGACCCCCAAAGGCGACCGUGCGGUGGUUCGGCAACCCGUUUCAGCACCUGAAGGUUCUUCGGAUCCCUCGUCUGAACGUUGAGCAUGAAGUAGACCGUUUCAGGGAGGUUUCAAACGAGCGCAUGCUCACCUAUGCGUGGUUCUUUAACGUGUUGCUCUCUGCGCCAUGCCUCAAAGAGGUCUCUCUCGGAGGCCAUCCAUUUGUUAGUUUCCUUCUGCGGCUAGGACUGUCCAGAACAGUCUUGAAGUCUCUCCGUGGUAUCCCUCCCCCCCGCGUUCGGCCCCAUCUGCCCCAACUGAAGAGGGUCAAGUUUUCAUACACAGCCCCCUCCCGACUGAACAUGAAGGGACUCACCCAAAAUCUCGAAGACGUCAAUCUUGAACAUUUCGGUCAUGGUUCAUGUACGGGUGUGGACACGGGAAAGGCAAUGAAUAUCUUGCGAGAAGGAUUGAGCCGAUCUCGCAAUCCCGUCUCGUCGGAGGAAGACUCUCCUCCUCUCUUCCUCAAUAUUGUCAGUGAGAAGCAGAGGCCCUUGGCGGAUGAAAAUCCGGCUCUGUGGACGGAGCUGGCGGCCUACAUGGAAGGCGAAAGAUUGAAUGGCACUCCAGUCUCGAUGUGGACCAUUACCUAUCAGUAA